UAAAAGAAGCAAGAGAGAAUUGAAUUGAAGAUGAGUGGAACAGGCAUAGCUGAUAGAUGGAGUGUUCUGAGUGGGAUUGAUAACUGGAAAGGGCUACUAGACCCUUUGGAUUCCGAUCUUCGGCGCUACCUCAUUCACUACUCAGCCAUGGUUGCACCCACAGGAGAAGCUCUCAUAACUGACACAGCUUCCAAAAACAUUGGAUUGUGCAGAUACGCCAGGAGAAACCUCCUCCUCAACACAGGAGCUGUCAAGGGAAACCCCUUCGAAUAUGAAGUGACCAAAUACUUGUAUGCAACAUCAGGAGCCUCAACCGGAGCUACAGGGUAUAAUGUGAGGCCAGCGCGAUCAGAUGCAGUGCUAAAGGAAUCAAACUGGAAUGGAUAUGUUGCUGUGGCCACGGAUAAAGGAAAAGUUGCUUUGGGACGAAGAGACAUUCUGAUUGUUUGGAGGGGAACAAUGCGACCCUUAGAGUGGCUUUCUAAUUUUACAUUCCUCUUUGUUAAUGCGCCAUUAAUCUUUGGCCAAGAUUCUGCUCCUCUGGUGCAUAAGGGUUGGUACGAUAUGUAUACCACCAUCAAUCCAGAUUCCCAAUUGGAAGGAUCCAGUGCUAGAGAUCAGGUUCGUGAAGAAGUUGCAAGACUUGUUGAGCAAUACAAGGACGAGAAAGUUAGCAUAACCGUGACAGGACACAGCUUGGGUUCAUCCAUGGCAACACUGAAUGCAACAGACCUGGCUGUCAAUCCAUUCAAACCGGACAUUCCUGUCACUGCUUUCUUGUUUGGAAGUCCCAAAGUAGGGGACGAGAAUUUUAAGAAUGCUUUUGCUAACCAAGCAAAUCUCAGAGGCUUGCGAAUCACCGACGUCAAUGACAUUGUUACUCAAAUUCCGCCAUUUGGAUGGCCAGUUGGUGGUCCAUUAUUGCCAAUCAUAUAUUACCAAGAUGUGGGAGUGGGUUUGAUGAUUGAAUCUAAAAAAUCAGACUAUUUGAAGCCUGAACUCUCGCCGGGUCUUGGCUAUCACGAUCCGAUGCUUUAUAUGCAUGGAAUUGAUGGAUUCCAAGGGUCUCAAGAAGGGUUCCAACCUCACGGAGAUUUUGAUAUUGCCAAAGUUAAUAAGUAUCAGGAUGCUUUGAAAGACGAAUAUAAUAUACCCGUGGCCUGGUGGAACAUAAAAGAUACAGGAAUGGUUCAACAGGAUGACGGGAGUUAUCUUCUUGAUGAUCACGAACCAGAUGAGAAAUUUUAAACUAAAACUGUACCAUUUCAUUUGUUUGAAUAAAGUCUCCAUGAAAUUUCUACUUAUUUAUGAAUGUGCUUUAAUUUAAAUAAGACAACCGGAGGCAACUAGCUAGCAGUGUGGCUGAAUGCAUAUGCAUAUGUAAGAUUUGUUGUUUGUACUUUGCUUGUUUGUUUAUGAAUAAAUAAACCUUCUCCCAAAA